AUGAUAACGAUCAAAAAAUUAGAUGUAAUCAUGACUUUGGUUUUAACCAGUACUAUAAUCAACGCAGCGCCGGAAACAGUGCGCUCAGUUUUUCUUGACUUCGAUAAUUAUGAGUGGUCUGCUUUUUUGAAGUCUGUCAAGGCCAAUCCGCCGAAGCCUUCUGCUUCAAUAGCUCCGGGAGACAAACUUGAUGUUGUUUUAGAAGGAAGUAGAACAAUGAAGAUCAACCCUGUUGUUGUUGAAAACUCGCCGUCAGCAUUCAGAUGGAAGGGAACUCUUGGAUUUGAUACAAUUUUUAGUGGCACUCACAGUUAUGAGUUCAAUCCCACGGAAGACGGCAAGACAAACCUUGAAGAGCAAGUGCGAAGCUAA